CACAGGAGACGGGAAGAAGGAGAGGGAAAAGGAGUCUCUCACUGGCGCUUCUGAAGCCAUACAUAAACUGUAAUGCCACAGAAAACUACGAGACUACAAGAUAACCUCGGAAGAUGAGCUGUGCAAUCUGACACGAGAUCCAGACGAUGUUGACCUUACCGUUUGAUGAACAAUCCAUGAUGCGGGAAAGGGAGAGUCACUUUGGAACAAACCUUUCUCUGGACUUCGUGGGUGACACAAAGGUCAGUAAGCAGGACCCUUUAAUGAAAUCAGACACCGUCUCACAGGCCGACAUAAGAUCAAUGGAGGAGGACGAGUCGGACAGGGAAGACGACGAGAGAGAGGAGGGCCAUGACGAGAACGGCUUACCAAGAAGGAGAGGACCUCGGAAGAAGAAAAUGACAAAGGCUCUAAUCGACAGGGUCAAACUGAGGCGCAUGGAGGCCAACACGCGCGAGCGAAACAGGAUGCACGGGCUUAACAACGCGCUGGACAGCUUGCGAAAGGUCGUACCCUGCUACUCAAAAACUCAGAAACUGUCUAAAAUAGAAACCCUCCGCCUGGCGAAGAAUUACAUAUGGGCCCUAUCUGAGAUUCUCAGCACCGGCAAGAGACCGGACCUAUUAACCUUUGUCCAGACGUUGUGUAAAGGACUUUCUCAGCCAACAACAAAUUUAGUUGCGGGUUGUCUACAGCUGAAUGCCAGAAACGUCAUCACAGACCACAGCGGAGAGGCCUCAUUCCCAGGCAGGUCUCCAUUCGACGCCAUCUACCCACCUUACCACAGCUCCGAGGUCGUGGCUUCAGCGGGUCACGGAAACAGCACCAUGGACAGCGACAAGCCCUUCAGGCCCUACAACUACUGCACUUCCUAUGAAUCGUUUUACGAGAGCACGUCACCGGAGUGCUCAAGCCCGCCGUUCGAAGCUCCUCUCAGCCCGCCUCUCAACUUUAACGGUAUAUUCUCCCUCAAGCACGAAGACCCGGCGGACUACGGGAAAAGCUGUCAUUAUGGAAUGCGUUACUGCGCGGUGGCAGGGCGAAGCUCUAUCGUUCAGAAUUCGAUGUCGAGAGGGUCGUCAGACAUCCACGUCCCCUAUGACAUCCAUCUCCGCAGUCAGUUUUACCCGAUGCAAGAUGAAUUAAACACUCCCUUUCAUAAUUAAUGACCAAAAGAGAGUCCAAAUGUGACCACCUCUUAUUGGAGUAAUUACUGGAAAAAUAAAUGAAACACUUUACCCACAUAUAUUAUUUACAACGGAGCGCUUUUUAGGUUAGGCACUUGGUUGUGGGCCAUCUGAUGGGUGAUCAUUAAUUCAUUGUAAUUGAAUGGUAAUUGCCCUGCGGGUAAACACGUUUUGUCCUGGAAUCCCAUCAGGCGAAACACUAGGCAACGGAAACAUUGAUUUGUGAAGUGAUUGUAUCAUACAUUGCUAUACCCAGUGAAGUAAUGCAAAUUGCCAUCACAAGUGCAAAGGUUUAAAUACAUUCCUUUUAGGCCACUUUUCUUUUGAAAAGUGUAUGUCGUGUCCUCUGGGCC